CAGCUGGGGGCUUGCGAGCGGAGGGAGCAUGGCCGCCGCGGCCGAGCCCUCGUCGCCGCCGCCGCCGCCGCAGGUGGUGAGGGUGAGGAGGGAGCUCCUCACCUCGCGCAUGACGUGCCCCCUCUGCAACAAGCUCCUCCGCGAGGCCACCACCAUAUCAGAGUGCCUCCACACGUUUUGUCGGAAGUGUAUUUUUGAAAAACUGAAUGAUGAGGAGUUUGAUUGCUGCCCAACUUGCAACAUCGACCUUGGUUGUUUACCUGUGGAAAAGCUCAGGCCUGACCACAACCUGCAAGAUAUUAGAGCUAAAAUAUUUCCUUUUAAAAGGAGAAAGAUUAAUGCCGCUGAAGUUCCUCCAAUUACAUUGCCAGUUAGAAGAAAGGAAAGGUCUCUUUCUUCUCUGGUCAUUAGUACACCUCGAGUAGCAGCACAAACCAGCUUAACAGGAAGGAGAACUAAAGCUGCGAGAAGAGCUUCUGCUUCUUCACGUGGAAUUGGCUCCACUGCUAAUGAGUCCGCGAAGGAGGCAAAUAAUGUUGAAGACAGAGAUGAGAGCAAAAAGAUUAACACAUCUGAAACGUUGAUGAAGAUGGCUCAAAACAAAAAACAGAAUAAUUUGGAUCCAGAGACAUCCAAUCAGGCAUUUAAUAAGGAUACAGAAAAUGGGAGAGAGUCAUAUAUGGAUAAGGCAGAACUGUGGAAACCUUUGAAUUGUUUGGUUGAGGCUGCAAAUAGAACAAAAGCUCUUAGAUCCAGCCCACAAAGACCCAUUGUUAAGGAAGAGCAAAUAAAUGAGUCCGAUAAUGGAGUCAUGAUUCAUAAAUCCAAAUUCAAAGAGCAUCUGAAUAAAUCCAAAGCACAAAUUGACAGAAAUGGAAGUGAUUCCGUUGUUCCCCCAUCGGCCAAACCUAAAAAAUUACAGGGACUUAGUCGCAAAAGAAGGGAAAUCGACACCUCAGCUCAAGCACUACUUGACGCUGCAAGCACUCAACGAGAUAGAAGAACCAGUCCAGUUUGGUUCUCUCUAGUUGCUUCCACUAAUCAAACUGGGUUACACCUCUGCAGUGGGCCGAACUAUUCUUCUCCCGCUCCUUCGGCUGUUACCUUCCUUCAUCGGGAAGGAGAUGCCCUGUUGCCUCAGUUGUCUGCUAAUUACUUGCGAAUUAAAGAUGGUAAUCUCCCCAUUUCUUCCAUCCAAAAGUAUCUUGCGACAAAGCUUGAACUUGCGAGCGAGAAAGAGGUGGAGAUUGUGUGUCGUGGCAAGCCGAUGAGCCCAACGAUGAACCUUCAUAGCUUAGUUGAUGUGUGGCUGAGAUCUGAAUCAGCGCAAAAGACCUGCACAUCGGUCGGUUCUUCAGCAAUGGAUUUUGUUAUGGUGCUCAACUAUCGUCGCAAAAUUUCCUCCUCUUGAAUCUUUUACUUGUCUUCGACAUCUCGCAGCUUGUCAGAUUAUGCUAAUUAUGAAUCCGCAUUCAUUUGUACUAGUGGAUGUGGAAGAGUUGGUAGAUGAGCCCCCUCCCCUCCUCCCCCCCACGCC